AUGGCCCGUUGCCGGGGUGACGGCCCUGGGCACUGUCCGCAGCUCCUCUUACGGGAUUACGCUGGGCUGUUCCGCAUUCUUGUCCGCUGUCCCUGUGAGCAGGAAGCCAUUGUCUGCCUCCGGAGCCUGACACUGUUGGCUGCCAGACCUUUCUCUUCAUUCUCCAACAUUCUCUGUUCCCAGGUGGCCAUCAAGUUGAUCCGGAAAGACAAAAUCAAAGAUGAGCAAGAUCUGAUGCACAUUCGGCGAGAGAUUGAGAUCAUGUCGUCACUCAACCACCCCCACAUCAUUGCCAUCCACGAAGUGUUUGAGAACAGCAGCAAGAUAGUGAUCGUCAUGGAGUACGCCAGCCGGGGCGACCUGUAUGACUACAUCAGUGAGCGGCAGCGGCUCAGCGAGCGCGAGGCCCGUCACUUCUUCCGGCAGAUCGUCUCCGCUGUGCACUAUUGCCACCAGAAUGGGGUUGUCCACCGGGAUCUCAAGCUGGAGAACAUCCUCCUCGAUGCCAAUGGCAACAUCAAGAUUGCUGACUUUGGUCUCUCCAACCUCUACCACCAAGGCAAGUUCCUGCAGACAUUCUGUGGGAGCCCCCUCUACGCCUCGCCCGAGAUCGUCAACGGGAAGCCCUACACGGGCCCAGAGGUGGACAGCUGGUCCCUGGGUGUUCUCCUGUACAUCCUGGUGCAUGGCACCAUGCCCUUUGACGGGCAGGACCAUAAGACACUGGUGAAACAGAUCAACAACGGGGCCUACCGGGAGCCACCUAAACCCUCAGACGCCUGUGGCCUGAUCCGGUGGCUGUUAAUGGUGAACCCCGCCCUCCGGGCCACGCUGGAGGAUGUAACCAACCACUGGUGGGUCAACUGGGGCUAUGCCACCCGUGUGGGGCAGCAGGAGGCUCUGCACGAGAGAGGGCACCCUGGCAGUGACUCUGGCCGGGUGUCCGUGGCCGACUGGCUCCGGCGGUCCUCCCGCCCCCUCCUGGAGAACGGGGCCAAGGUGUGCAGCUUCUUCAAGCAGCACACGCCGGGAGGGGGCAGCGUGGCCCCCAGCCUGGAGCGCCAGCAUUCGCUCAAGAAGUCCCGCAAAGAGAACGACAUGGCCCAGUCUCUCCAGGGGGACCCGGCUGAUGACACCGCCCCUCGCCCCAGCAAGGGCAACCUCAAACUCCCAAAGGGCAUUCUCAAGAAGAAGGUCGCUGCCUCCUCGGAGUGUCGGGGGGAGGACUCUGAGCUCAGCCCGUCCCCCACGGGCCCAGAGCAGGCUGCCCCCCUGCUCCCCAAGAAGGGCAUCCUCAAGAAGUCCCAGCAGCGGGAAUCCGGGUACUACUCCUCUCCUGAACCCAGUGAUUCCGGGGAGCUCUUGGAUGCAGGGGACGUGUUCACAAGCAGGGACUCCGUGGAGCAGAAGCCACCCCAGGCCCCGGGGAUGCUCCACCAUCGCAAGGGCAUCCUCAAACACAACGGCAAGUUCUCCCGCACCGCCACCCCCACCACCUUCGGCUCCCUGAAUGAACUGGCCUCACCUCGCCCUCCGUCCAGGGCCAGCCGCCCCUCGGGAGCUGUGAGUGAGGACAGCAUCCUGUCCUCCGAGUCCUUUGACCAGCUAGACCUGCCCGAGCGGCUCCCCGAGCCCCUGCUGCGGGGCUGUGUGUCUGUGGACGACCUCACGGGGCUGGAGGAGCCCCCCUCCGAGGGCCCAGGAAGCAGGGGCCUGAGGCGCUGGAGGCAAGACCCCCUGGGGGAAAGCUGCUUUUCCCUGAGGGACUGUCAGGAGGUGACGGAGGUCUACCGACAGGCCCUGGGCAUCUGCUCAAAGCUCAGCUGAGGAGGGGGGGCAUUGCCCCAGUGGACAGGCUCUAAGAUGCACCUGGCAACACCCUGAGGGGAGACGCCUUCUCCCCGGCCUCCUAGGCCCAGCAUUCCAGCCCAGAAGGCUGAGAUGGUUGGCAGUUUAGUCCUGGGGAGGACCGGAUAUGAGGAAAAUGGGCAUGUGAAAGGCAUUGAGGGCUCAGUGUCCUCAGCCCUGUGGAACCAAGAAGCUAGUGGAGGGGAAACAGGUAGAGAAGUAGAGGGAAGGCCUGUGGCCAAGUCCAGGUUCUCUGUCCGGUGUCUGCAGCCCCAUAGAGAGAGCACUCUUUUCAGUACCCAUGCUCUUAAUUGCUGUGCAUGGUGCCUUCGCCACGGUAGGGAUGGAAACUCUUCACAUCCCCGUCCCGGCACUGAAACUGGAAUAUGGAAACUGCUCAUGUGCCUGGGACGUCCUCGGACAGUCUCCUGCAGGGUGCCCGUCCUUACUUCUCCAGCAGUAAGAGAGCACACAACCUGUUUCCUCAAAGGUUCUCUUCCCUUUCCUGUCCUCCAAGCCUGGCCCAGGCCUCCCGGAGUCGCUGCUAUGAAUCUAAAAGACUUGAAAAGGCUCAGGCUGCUACUGGACUUCAUCUCAAGGGGCCCAGAUGCCUCAGGACCCCACCUUGAACCUCAAAGGCUCUGUGACCUUCUCCAGCCUCUAAGCUGCUCUAUUUAUGUUUUCAAGCUCUGUGUUUUAUGUUCUUAAAAAAGUGAAUUUUGCUGUUUUCUAUACUGUGAAUACUGUGUUCUGGAAAGUCCACUAUACAUGUAACUUUUGUGUACAGAGAAGUGUUUUUGCAGUCAUUCCCUACUGAUCAUGGGGAAGGGGGCCCUUUAAGAAAUCCGCGUGUUCCGUUGCACUGUCCAGAGGAGGCCCCCUCUGGCUCCCUCAUCCACGCCCUGAUUCCGUCUACCUGAUGGUCCCUCUUCCCUCCUCUGUGGCCAGGAAAAGAACCACUCCAUUAAAAACCAGAACGGCGACUGGAAA